GGCAAGCGAGUUUCGGUAAACACAUGCGCCUGCACACCGUUCGGGCAUUAAGACGCAUCUGGGAAAACCGUCAUAACAGCGCUUGGAAGUCGCAUGCAGCAGCGGGAGGAGAGAAGAUGCUCUCGUGCUGUGUACGCUGAGUGCUUAGCCCCGUGCCAUUUGUGCGCCCGGACGGGAGCCUAGGCCGGGGACGUGUUUAUGCUGGCGCUGGAGACGGGAAUAUGUAAAAACCGAAAUGGGCUUGUGAUUGGUUUACGUCCGUUCGUCGGGAGAAAACCGAGCGUUGACUCUAUUUUGUAACUUGCAGUUUGUGCAGAAGCAUAUAGAUUUUUCCCUCUCUCUUCUCCCGCCGUUCGCAGCUAUACCUGCAGCUCAGCACUGCGUUGCGCUGUUAUCUACCGGCGUCUCCGCGGACUUUAAAAGAUCAUUGGUACCGAACGGCCUAUUUUAUGUAUACUAUUGCUUAAGCACUGCAGCACCGCGAUGCCAGCCUCCUCGCGCGUUCCUGCUGCUACUGUAGGUCAUAGCACGCGCCGAACGCACCUCCGGUUCGCCCGUCGCGCUGCCUCGGCUGACAUUUUUAUGGGUAUGCGGCGCUGAGUGGGUCAGGUGUGGACAUGGAAUGAAGAAGGCUAAGCAGAAAGCGCAUCCACACACCGGGAGCAGCAUCCUCGCGGGGGGAUAUUACCGACGGCUUUCACAAGUUUUGCUGUCAAGAGAAGCUGCGCGGAUCGGGUGAUGGCCUUUGCUGAAAAGCAUACCUCCUGCCUCCACCAGUGCAGCACAUAAGGACACACACGUGCACAUACACACACACACACUCACACACACACACACUCAUGGUAUCCACAGAUACUGGAUUUUACCACACUGUGCUGACCAUCACAUACGUACACAUUUGCACACUGUGUCUGACACUUCCAGAAGUUUGACCACACACAUACACACACACACACACUCACACACCCCCCCCCCCCCACACACACACACUCACGGCCACCCACACACACCAUGUACAGUGUGGAAGACCUGCUCAUCUCCCAUGGCUACAAACUGUCUCGGACCUGCCCCCCUGUGCCCCCCCCUUCCCACACUGCGGCCCCCCCCUCCUCCUCCUCAGCGCCUCUGGACAACAACAAGCAUCGCCAUGGCAACCUGCGCCGCGACAUGGACCCCCGGCCCGGGGGAGGAGGCGGGGCCUUCAACGGCGUGGGGACAGAAGGCGGGGCAGAGGGGCGGGCAGAGGCUCCAGGGGGCGGAGCCAUCCAGAGAGCAGAAGGUGGGGAGAUGGCGGAGCGCCUCCAGAUGCAGAGGCGGAAGGACGUGCCGCUCAGUUACCUUGGUGACCUGCAGCCCCUUGGAGACUCCUUGGCGACGGACAGCGGGUUCUAUGACGCGCCCAGCCUGACGUUCUCGGAGCACCCUGAGGAGCGGGACGUAUCGUACUGGCGGCGGCGCGGACAGGACUUCAGUGCUCUGCUGGACUACGCUGACCCCCGUGAGCUGCGUCUGUCUGGGGGCCUGUGGCGCGGCGGCGUGGGGUUCGCCCCUGAGGAGCUGAGAGCUGAUAGGCCGGUGGCGCGCUGGGAGGAGCCUCCGAGCUGGCAGCAGAGGGAGCCGGCGGCUGCGGCGGUGUUGGCGGCGGCGGACUCGGGGCCAGAGACGCUGCGUGUGAGUGUGACCGGUGACAGGAAGUGCCAGAGCCUGGGCACGGAGGAGUGGCGUCCGGCCGUGGGGCUCGGCCGCCAGCUGUCCGACAGCGAAGCAGAGCGCUGGGCUCAGGAGCAGCAGCUGCAGCUGCGUCUGCGGCCACAUGAGGGCGCAGUGGUGCCUGUCGUCCGGCAGAAGUCCCAGUCCCUCCCACGCGUGCUCUCGCCCGAGGACCCGCAGUAUGCCGACCCCCCCUCCACUGGCCCCCCCGCCCUGCCCAUCGCCCCGAGACUGAACGGCAGCGCCCUGUAUGGACGUUACCCCGGCGACUGGGCCAGUGGUGGGGAACGGUGGGCUUGUCAAGGUCAAGUUCAAGGUCAAAGUCAGAGUCAAUUGCAGAGCCAAGGGCAAAUUCAAGGGCAGAUUCAGAGUCAGAGUCACUUCCAAGGUCACGGGAGCACUGCAGUCGUACCAAAGCCUCGGUUCAGCCGGCCUGUGAAGCCCCCGUCUUACGAAACCCACCAGCAGAGCCGGGGUAGCUGGGAGACCCUGUCCUCUGAGCCCGCGGCCAAACACAGGGACAGGCCACUUGCUUAUCCCCAGAACAUAGAGCCUCUCAGAGACCGAUCCCUUUGCCUGUCACAGAGUUCAGAGCCUCUCAGAGACCGAUCCCUUUGUCUGUCACAGAGUUCAGAGCCUCUCAGAGACCGAUCUCUUUGCCUGUCACAGAGUUCAGAGCCUCUCAGAGACCGAUCCCUCUGCCUAUCACAGAGUUCAGAACUGCUCCGAGACCGGUCACUCUGUGUCUCACAAAGCUCGGAGCCUUUCAGAGAUCGGUCACUCUGCCUCUCUCAGAGUUCAGAACCACUUAGGGACCGUUCACUUUGCCUAUCCCAGAGUUCAGAACCACUUAGGGACCGUUCACUUUGCCUAUCCCAAAGUUCAGAACCCCUCAGAGACCGGUCGCUUUGUCUAUCCCAAAGUUCAGAACCAUUACGUGACCGGUCACUCUGCCUGUCUCAGAGCUCAGAACCGUUGCGAGACCGACCCCUUUGUCUCUCACAGAGCGCGGAGCCCUUGAGGGACCUACGAGACCGGCCAUUAUGUCUGUCUCAAAGCGCAGAACCCCUCAGAGAUCUCAGAGACCUUAGAGACCGGUCCAUUUGCUUCUCGCAGAGCGCAGAACCUCUCCGGGACCUCAGAGACCGGUCCAUUUGCUUCUCGCAGAGCGCAGAGAUCCUGAGAAUGGACGUGAGACCCGACCUGUUACCCCACGACCUCUACGGCUCAGGGGUCGAGCCGCCGGGGUACAACCCCCCCCCCUCGUACCGCAGGAUGCCCCCGCACAGGGGCCUGAUCAGCUACCGCGCGGAUGCGGCGCACCUCCGGUGGAAGCGCGAGCCCGUGAGUGCCGAGAUGGGCAGGUGGUUCUCUCGGCAGCCGCCGGCCAUUACAUGGACCGACCACCGCUGGGACGACCGGAGCUUGGCCCUGGCCCGAAAGCCGCUGCCUCCGGCUCCGGCGGUUCCGGCUCGGACUGGCCUGGUACAGUACCUUCCCUUCGACGACCUGCGCAUCAGGCACAUUUCCGCAGGCGCCAGCAACAACGCUGUCGCGCUGCCGGACCCGACAGAAAAGAUGCGGCACCACGCGAGCAAAGAUCUUCCCACUCCUCCUGCGGUUGUAGGACAAUCCACACAUGACAGUAGUGCCUUCCUGCCCGCACAGGUUGCCGGCGGCAACAACGCCGACGCCGGCCACAAACCAGCCCCCGGCGACCAGGAGCACGCUGGAGGCCGCUGGCAGUGGGGUGCGGCGGCCAAGCCCAGCGAGGCUGUAGCAGUGGACCAGAGCGUCCCCAAGUUCCACGCCACCUUCCCAGCGCGACCCCCUCAGCCGGCCAGGAUAGAGCGACCACCCGAGCCGCCCAAACGGCCUGAGAAGUUACCGGAACCACCGAAGCGGCCUGACAGGCCACCGGAGCUGCCUAAAAGGCCGCCGCCGCCGAUCGAGAGACCCGCCGAACAGCCGAAACGAACGGACGUGAGCGCGACGGACCAGCAGGGCAAGGGUCCCAAGCCUCCUCCAGACAAAGGCUCGUCAGAGAGCCUGUCCCACAUGAAGAGGCCCGACCCUCCCCCAGAGCCCCCGCCUCCGCCGCCCGCCGCGCCGCCAGAGAAGCCGAAGAGCAUGAAGAGGAAGCUGAACGAGACCAUCUUCUGCCUGGUGUCCGUGCCUGCCGUGCUGGCGCAGUCGCACGCUGACGCAGCAUCUCGGGACCAGAACAACAAUGACGAGGAGAAGCUGCUGCCGGCAGACGAGGGCUCCCCGGUACGUGUGCCACCACCGCCCCCCAGCACCCCCAGCGAGAAGAGCAACACGCUGAGCUCUGGGCCCAACCAGAGCCUCAAGAGCACAUCCACCACCUCCACGGACCUGGAGCUGCAGGCGCUGACUGGCAGCGUGUCCAGCAGCCGCAUGUCGUCCACCCGGAGGCCCCACCACCACCACCACCGCCGCCGUGACUCCCGGCCCAGCAAGCCCAACCCCCACGAUGCACUGCGCCGGUACUCGGGUGCCUGGCCGGGGGACCAGUACCGCGACCAGGAGACACAGACGAGCCCAGAACCAGCCAAAAGCGCGCCUGCAGCCACCGCUGGCACCACUGCUGCUCCCGCCACCACCACCACCACCACUGCUCCAGGUCCCGCCAACAACACGGAAGCACAACAGCCUGCAGCACCCACAGCACCCCCUGCAGGAGCCCCCGGAGCUGCCAGCGGUGCAGGGCCACCAGGCCCAGAGUGCCCCCCUCCUGACACAGGACCAGGAGCAGGACCAGAGAGCAGCAGCAGUGGAGGAGGUGGUGGUGGUGGUGGUGGCGGCAGCGGGACCCCCUUUGGGUACCCGAUGAAGGGCCAGAAGCGGCUGAAACCGUCCAGCAACAGCGCCUUCUCCCGGACAGGCACCUUCUCCAAGAGCACAGGCUCCGGACACAAGGCUCCGCUGCACCCUCCACCACACCCUCCACCCCCACCCCCCAACCAGCCCCCAGCUCAGACCACACCCACCCCCCCACCGGGAGGGCCCCCGGCGGCCAUCAUGCCCGCCGCGCAGGGAGACGGGCCCACGAAGCCCGGUCCGGCCCCCUCCGAGGCGUUUGGCCAGUUCCUACUGAAGCCCGUGAGCCGUCGCCCUGGCGACGCCAUCGAGGAGCUGGAGAGCAUCCACAAGGAGGCCCAGGAGCAGACGGCAGGCAAGCGACCCAGCAUGGACCAGUGCAUCGAGGACCUCAACGAGGCCUACAAGGACAUCCUGGAGCUCAGCACUGCCAGCAACAACCUGGUCACCUUGCCUAGCCUGGCCAGCAACAGCCUGUCCUGCCUGUCCAACAACUUGGUCACCCUGCCUAGCCUGGCCAGCAACAGCAUGUCAGCGCUGGGCAAUAUUCACCACGGCUCCUCCAUGCUGAUUCCUGACCGCAUCAAAGCCAAGCUAGCAUCCAGCGAGCCCAUGGUUGGGCCGAAGCCUGGGGGUGGCAGCCUGCGGUCCGCCGGGCUGGAGAGCUGGGCAGGUGCGGUGCUGGGCGGUGACCCGGAGUAUCGAGAGGUGAAGAGUGCCUUCUCCCGACCGUCCACCGGCAAGAGCGUGAGCUUCAGCAAGCACCUGCGGGAGGAGAUAUGCGCCGCCGGCCCGUCCACCUCUUCGUGCUCCGAGACCGGCUUCCGUGACUACCGCUCUGUCGUGUCCGCCCUCUCCCAACGCCGCUCCAUGGACGGACGAACGGUCAACCUGGACUUCCCGCCGUCGAAGGACAGCCCGCCCAAAGACGAGGCUCCGAGCACGAACACACAGCAGCAACCCCCUCCUGUCGCGGGCCCCAGUGGCCUUGCAGCGGCGGAGGUGCCCUGGGCUGACCGCCAACCCAUGCAGGACGCGUCCACCCUCACCAGCCCCCCCGACUACGAGCACAUAUGCCAGUCUCUGCAGCAGGGCCGAGACCCAGCCCAGGGGCCGCCAGUGGUCAAACCCAAAGUGCCCGGCGGUGGGGGUGGUGGGGCUGAGGGCCCUGUGGGGCCAGCAGGGGGCGCCGUGGCACGGGAGGAGUGCUGCUACUGCCAGAUGGAAGUCGAGAGGCUAAGGCUGGAGCAGAUGGCGGCGGCCACCGUCGCCAGGGACGACCAGGGCUCUGGGUUCGCUGUGGUAACGGUGGGGCAGGGUGGCCGCUUCCUCGGUGGUGAGGGUGAGGUCAUGGCGGUGCCUCCUGAUUGGAAGAGGCAGCUGUCUUUGGCGGAGAAGCACCUGGAGACGCUCAUCACGGGAGAGAGGAGCGCCGGCGCAGAGGCUGAGCCUCCAGGAGAUGCCGACCUGCAGAUCAAUCCAGAACCAGCGCCAAGCGAGGACAAGCCCACGCAGACCCUGGCCAACCUGGACCAGAGAGACCUGGUGCCAGACGAGAAGAACCGGACCGGUUCUCCGACAGCAGAACCGGGUCCAGCUGAGCCCGGCUCCGAGGAGGAGGACGGACAUGAGGGCGGCGGCGGGCAGGAGCCGGUGCGCAUGCGGCGGGAGCCUUGCGCCGCGGCAGUACAUGCUUACCCCGGGCUUGACCCCGCCCUGCUGCAGGAGUUCCCUCCUGACAGACUUCCUCUGUCCGUGCCGCCCAAUCACAGCCGUCGACUCUCAUUGGGCCCAGACUGGGAGAGGCGAGACUUUGAGGAGGAGAGGGGAGGGGCCAGAGAGAGGCGUUCCCUGGACGCCGAGUGGUGGCGGGGUGUGUGUGGCGGCGAGAGGUGGGGAUUGGAGGAUGACAGGAAGGGGGGGAGGGGUCAAGAGAAUGUAGGACAUGAGAGGGAGAGGGGGGGAGGGGAGGGGCCAAGCACAGAGGAUGGGAGGGGCCUGCAGGAUGAUGGACAGCAUGUGCUGUCCAGUGAAGGGGCAGGAAAGCUGAUUGAGGGGCGGGACUGUGCCACAGAUGGACAGGAGGGGGCGGGGCCAGAACGGCGGGGGCGUGUCCCAUCUCAGAGAAUCGAGGCGCUGCAGGAGAGGCUGGCCUCAUCGCCAGGACGGGUUGCUAAGGAGAGGAUAGCCCGCAUGAAGGAGGUGGACUCGGUGUCGCGCAUCAGACGGCUCAGCCAACGCAGCACCAGCUGGGAUGGGGAGGAGACCGCCCCACUGCCCCAGGACACACACAACUCUCCCGCAGGUAACACAGAUGUGACAGAGCUGAGCCACAUAGAGGACGUCUGACGCUGAGAGCCAUGAUCAUCUCCACACAAGGCCAAGGUCAUCUCCACACAAGGCCAAGGUCAUCUCCACACAAGGCCAAGGUCGUUUCUCCACAAGAGCAAAGGUCAUCUGUACAGACUGGCCAGCCUCCAGCACUGUGACCUGGCUAUGACCUCCGCAAGAAUGCCUUCACCUCAUAACCCUCUCACCUCUCCGCUCACUCGUACAUCUUCACACACACACACACACACACACACACACACACACACACACACACAAAUGUACAAAUGUGCACAAACAUGACACAUACACUCACGCAAACACAGACAUACAUGCAUCCAACCCAUGUAGACAUGCAUAAGCACACAAACAGACACACACAAACACACAAACACACACACACACACACACACACAGAAAUGGCCUUUUACUCCGACGAGAGCAUUGUGUAUGAGCCGCUCCUGGCCCGGGCCCUAGGUCCCCGCGAGUGCUGUCCCACUGCCAAAGGGAGCUGACCCUUAGCAACCCGCUCUAGCAACCACCUCCUCACCCCACUCACCAGCCCCCCCAGUGCUCCCCGACUGACUGACUGCCAUGGAAACCAUUUUCACCCCACCGUCCCCUAGCAUCCCAUAAUACCCCGUACACACACACACGCACACACACACACACACACACACACACACACACACACUCCUCCACUGCACGGAGCAAGUGGAGUGGCAUCUGUAGCGACGCUUCAUCCUGCGUGCGUCUCUGUCCACAGACAUCACGGAACUCAUGUUGUUCGUACGGAUCCCAACCCCAAUCCCCAACCCCUCCCUCCUCUGCCUCAUUGCCCUUGUCUGUGUGGAAAUAUGAAUGUACCAAAAACACUCUGCUUCUGCCCCCCCCCCCCCCCCAUUGUCCUGGUCUGCGUUGUGUGAAGCCCGUCGGCUGAUCAGACGAGACCCCCCCUCCCCCACACACCCCCCCAGAGUGCAGGGCAGGAGCAGAACAGCAAUGGAAUGGAAUGGAGGAAUGGAAUGGCUGGAGAACUGUUCCUCUGGAUCCGCUGAUCACUGAUUGGCUGAUUACUGACUGGCUGAUCAAUGAUUGGCUGAUCAAUGACUGGCUGAUUACUGACUUGCUGAUCACUGACUGGCUGAUCACUGAUUGGCUGAUCACUGACUGGCUGAUCACUGACUGGCUGAUCACUGAUUGGCUGAUCACUGACUGGCUGGAGAACUGUUGCUCUGGAUCCGCUGAUCGCUGAUCACUGACUGGGAGCCUAUCAGCACAGACGUUGAUUCAGACCCUCUCUGUCCUUCUCUCUUCUGUUGGUUUGUUAGUUUUGUUUGUUAGUUUUGUUUGUUAGUUUUGUUUGUUUGUUUGUUUGUUUGUUUGUUUGUUUGUUUUGGGGUUUACCGUGCCCACAGUGCCAGCUGUCUGCCUGCUAUUGGGGGGGUGGGGUGGGGGCUCAAUGCCAUCCACUCAACUCUGUAUGGCCACGCCACACCGCACGGAACCACGCCACGCCACACCGCACGGAACCACACCACACCGCACGGAACCACGCCACACCGCACGGAACCACGCCACGCCACACCGCACGGAACCACGCCACACCGCACAGAACCACGCAAGACCUGAACACGCAGGACCACUCCUGAACACGCAGGACCCGUGGCUGGAUUAGGAGUCUUUCCUAGCGGGCAGACACCCACGGGUUAACCCUGCGCUGACCCCAGGACAUGGGCGGGGCUAACCCUGCGCUGACCCCGGGACAUGGGCGGUGAUUGGCGAGUGUGGUCGGCGGUGAGGGCUCGGAGGCGGACGUAGGGCGGACGUGGGCCGGACGUGGGGUGGACGUGGCUCCCCUCCGGGGAGGCCUUGGGCCGCAGGCUGCUGAGGCACUCUGGGUAUGGUGAUGUACAGUAGCAUUGCAAUUACAGGGUACUUAGAUCAUGGCUACGCUUUCUACCAGUAGAUCUGCUCCCAGCACUGGACGUAGAAUGGAUGAGGUGUCGGCCACGUCAUUAUCAUUGCAGAAUAAUGAAAACCCAACGAAUAAAAUGAAAAUGUAGAAAAUAUUUGGGAAACCUUUUCGCUGUUCAUGCACCACAACUUCAAACACUUUAUAUACAAACGUUUGGUUCUAGGUUUCUGGCCAGGGGAACGUUUGGUUCUAGGUUCCUGGCCAGGGGAACGUUUGGUUCUAGGUUCCUGGCCAGGGGAACGUUUGGACCAGAACUUCACCACUUCUGACGGCAGGUCCAGGGGACCACGCUGUGGUGUCCUCUCAUCAGAGAAGCUGAUUGGUUUGUAAGUCACUGCAUAAUGCCCUGAUUGGUUUCUACGACUCUCAGCCAAGCACUGAUUGGUUGGCACAUUGAUGAAUAACACUCUGAUUGGUUUAUAUUAUCAUUGUCUGGUGUUUUUACUCAGCUGGCCAGCUAAAUUGGGAAGCAAUAAAUGCUAACGAGUUGCCAGGCGAUUGUUGCCAUGAGAAUGGGCAGUGUGGGUGUGGUCAGAGGGCAGGGGCAAAAAGAGCACCUGAAGAAGGGAUGAAGAGAGGAGCAGAGUGGA